AAAUGGCCCAACCAGAGCAACCCCACCCAGACAGAUACGCCGUAAACUAAACUAGAUAGAAAAGUUAUAGCAGAAAAUGGGAUUAUUAACAAGGGUAAGAUUUCACCAGCGCCAGGUAAUCCCAUUUCCACACUCCUAUAAAUCCCAUCAAAAUCCAAAACUCAUUUCACAAACUUGCAAUUACCCAAUUCCAUCUGCACGUUCGGGAAGAAGAAUCCCUAUAGUGACUGUGAGAGCACUUUCUACGAAGGCAGCAGCGGCAUCCACACCACCAUCCAAAAUGGUCAAAGCCAUUAGGGUUCAUGAACACGGUGGUCCCGAGGUUCUCAAGUGGGAGGAUGUGGAAAUAGGUGAGCCGAAGGAGGGGGAGAUUCGAGUGAAAAACAAGGCCAUUGGGCUUAAUUUCAUCGAUGUCUAUUUCCGGAAAGGAGUUUAUAAGGCCCCUGAUUUUCCCUUCACUCCUGGUAUGGAGGCUGCUGGGGUGGUGACAGCUGUGGGCCCUGGACUGACUGGCAGGCAAGUUGGAGACCUUGUAGCUUAUGCUGGUAAUCCAAUGGGCUCAUACGCUGAAGAGCAAAUCCUUCCUGCGAACAAGGUUGUGCCUGUUCCUUCCUCUAUCGAUCCUAUCAUUGCAGCAUCUAUAAUUCUUAAGGGUAUGACGGCUCAAUUUCUACUCCGCCGUUGCUUUAAGGUUGAACCUAGACACACAAUCCUUGUUCAUGCAGCAGCUGGCGGAGUUGGAUCUAUUUUAAGCCAGUGGGCUAAUGCCCUAGGUGCCACUGUCAUUGGAACUGUCUCAACCAAAGAGAAGGCAUCUCAAGCCAAAGACGAUGGAUGCCACCAUGUUAUAAUCUACAAGGAAGAGGAUUUUGUUUCUCGUGUCAACGAGAUAACAUGUGGCAAUGGGGUUGAUGUUGUCUAUGAUUCCGUAGGAAAAGAUACCUUUCAGGGAUCAUUGGCAUGCUUAAAGACUCGUGGGUACAUGGUUAGUUUUGGGCAGUCAUCGGGUACACCAGAUCCAGUUCCAUUGUCAGCUCUUGCCGUAAAAUCGCUCUUCUUGACAAGGCCUUCCCUCAUGCAAUACACUACUACUAGGGAUGAGUUACUGGAAACUGCUGGGGAGGUAUUUGCUAAUGUUGCAUCAGGAGUCUUGCGGGUUCGAGUAAAUCAUACUUACCCUUUAUCUCAGGCAGUACAGGCACAUGUAGACCUUGAAAGCAGGAAGACAUCUGGAUCUGUUGUGCUUAUCCCAUAAGGCAUCCUGCAGUAAGUCCUUACUUCUAAAUUUCUGAUCGGUAUAUCAUUUUGAAAUGCCUUGUAGUCUGUAUGGUGUGUGGAAAUAACGUGAAUGUCCUCCGAUAGAGCUCCAAAUGCAACUGUCUUGAAACUAGUAGUCAAGAGAGCUGUUCUGAACAAUAAAGGGAUACAGCUCAAAUAUACAACCAUUUUGGAUGAAUUUGUAAUCUGAAUAAAGGGAUUGGUUUUUACGAUGGAGGAUACUACUGUGAGUUACCCGACUGCGUAACUGAGUCAGCUGUCCAUGUUACGACCUUCAUGUAUCGAGGGUGUGGCGAUCUCAUGCAUAUAUCGCAUAAAGAACCCAUGUUUUUUUUUUUUUUUUGUAAGAUUACUCUUUCAUGUGUUCCAACGUAACUGAUAUAUGUUCAUGACUGCGAUUCUUUGGGUGGAA